AUGAUUUCUACACUUGAUCUGUCUAACAAUGAGUUGACUGUCAUUAUUGAAUCAGAUUGGAUACCCACAAUAUACUUUGAAGAUUUGAAUUUAGCUUCAAGUAAUAUUAGUGGUAUCAUUCCACCAUUCAUUUCUACACAGUAUAGAUUAACCUCUUUGGAUCUCUCAAACAAUAGUAUGUUUGGGAAUAUUCCAGAUUGGUUAGGGAUGCUUCCUAAUCUAUAUAAUCUUAACUUGUCACACAAUAUCUUGGAAGGUCUUGUUCCCUAUAGCUUCAAUAUAAGUAAUUUUAACCUAUUGGACUUACAUAGUAAUAAAUUACAAGGUCCUCUUCCAAUUUCUUCAAUGCCAUUGGGUUUGCAUCUAUUGGACGUAUCUCAGAAUGGAUUCAAAGGGUCCAUUGUAGUGGAUAUUAGUAAUUUUCUACCAAACAUUCAGUUUUUGUCAUUUUCAUCAAAUGAUCUAAGUGGCGAGAUACCUUCUUCAAUUGGUCUUCUACAACAGAUGGAGGUUUUGGAUCUCUCAAAGAACAAAUUAUCUGGUAAAAUACCAUCAAGCAUAACUAAUUGCUCUGUGCUCAAAAGACUAAACCUAGCAAAUACAGGUUUAAUAGGAGGGAUACCAUAUAAUAUAGGAAUGCUAAGCAGUCUUGGUUCACUUCAUCUCAAUGGAAAUAUGUUGAAGGGAAACUUGCCAUCAAGUCUUAAGACCUAUUCUAGUUUGCAAAUUUUAGACUUGGCUGACAAUCUCUUUUAUGGAAACAUACCACUUUGGCUGGGCCAGUUCUCUGAGUUGAUGAUACUUGUUUUGAGGUCAAAUAAAUUUGAAGAACACAUUCCACAUCAAUUAAGCAAUCUAUCAAGUCUUCAUGUUUUAGACAUUUCUCACAAUAGUUUGAUUGUUGGUAUACCACCACAAUUAGCAACAUUGAUAAGUAUGAGAAAUUCUACAUUGGGAAUCUCACAUGGCAAUGGUGGUAACAUUCCUCCAGCAAUUGGAAAUCUUAAAGGUCUUCACACAUUGAACUUGUCAGAUAAUAGGCUUAUAGGAGAGAUUCCAAGCAAUUUUGGAAUGCUUAAAGAGUUAGAGUCACUUGAUCUUUCAAACAAUAAAUUGCAUGUUAAUAACAAAUCAUGCAGAUGUGGAGAGAGAUCAAAUUCUAACAUGCCUACUCCUCUUCCUGAGAAAGAAGAUGAUGGAGUAGAAAUUCCAUGGCAUUGGUAUGUUGAGUGGAUGGCAAGUGCUGUUGUUGGAUUUUGGGGAGUAUUUGGAAUUUUGGCUAUAAAAAGGCAAUGGAGGAGAAAGUUCAUUCAAGUCUUAGAUGAGAUGGUGAUUAAUUUAUUGAAUGGAUUCAUAAGUAGGUAA